UCCUCCAAAAUUCAGAUCCUAUUUUUAAAUAAUUAGGACCUAUCCACAGAAUUCUGACCGAGCCUUAGGGGGGCCCUUGAUGAUCUAUGUCUCGGAACGCGACAAUCAAAAAGACAACCAUUUUGCAUUGGACGAAAUUAAAAAAACUGGGUAAUUGUUAAGAUGUCACUUAUUAAAAAUUUGGUAAAAGAGCCGGAAAGAAAGGAUUCCAAAUCCGACAACGACAGCGAUGGUGAAAAGAAACCGAAGCCAAUGAUAAAAUCUGCCAUUGAUUUGCAACGUUUAAAACUUGAAAAACUUAUGAAAAAUCCAGACAAGCCAGUCGUCAUUCCUGAACACCGCAGAGAAAAAGACUAUAUGGCCAGCGUUCCUACGUUCGUGCGCAAUGUUAUGGGUUCCAGUGCGGGUGCAGGCUCCGGAGAGUUUCAUGUGUACCGUCAUUUGCGUCGCAAGGAAUAUGCUCGACAAAAAAUGAUUCAGCAAAAAAGCCUGCAAGAGCAAUUAGACGACGAAUAUCAACAGAAAAUAGAGGAAAAUCGACGUAAAGCCGAGGAGAAAACUGCAAAGAAAAGAGCAAAACGCCUUAAGAAGAAGCAAAGAGCGAAAAAAGCUAGGCAACAGAAACCUUCUGGCGAUGCGACAAAAUGUAAUGAAGACGAUAACACUUCUAGCGAUUGCAGUGAUGACAACGAAGACAACCAGACCACUAAUAACGAAAAUGAUGGCGAACCAACCUCAUUAUCCUCAAAGGAAGGGGAAGCAGAAGCUGCUGUUGAUAACAAACAAUCGGAUGAUGGUAAUACGGAUGAUAGAACGAAUAGUGAAAAUCCUAACUCACCAGAAAAUAAAUUGAGACACGACAAUGUUACAAUAUCUGAGUCGUCUAUACUAGACGACAAAGUAGAUAAUGUUGAAAGCGUUAAACGGAAUAUAGACAUUUGAUAUAUAAAACAUAUACGUAAUUAAAAUAAAAUCAUAACCAAUAAUGAC